UAAAGAAGAAGGACGACACAGCGAUAUCUUACGAAACUAGGGUUUUUUGAAGCUAGUGUUCUUGACGCCUACUGCGUAUCACUUUGCAUCACUGCAAUGAUUUACGACGUAAACUCACCCCUCUUCCGAUCCUUCCUCAGCCAGAAAGGCGGGGCAGCUGAUAAGAGGAAAACUGAAGAGCAAAAGCCCAAGGAGCAGAAACCAAAAGCCAGUGAGAACAAGCCAGUAAUGAAUGAGUGACAGGAUUAGUUGCGCAGAUGUAGACAUUACUAUAUAUCUGGGAUGAGCCUUGUAGAGAACAACAUGUAGGUUAUGGAGACUAUUUGAACUUUCUUCAAGCAAAAAUGCUGUUCCGGAUAUGGUAAAGAAUCGUUAUGAUUAUGAUUCAACAAUGUGGGGGAAACCCCGUUUUGGAACUUGUAAUCGAUUUUCCUCCGAUUGAAGUAUGAGCUUUAGUUUCUAA